AUGUUUACAUUGUGCAAAUUAAACCGUGGAAAUAAAGAAUCUGAAGAAACGAACCUGGAAAAUCAAAGCGAUAAUAUGGAGGUUAGUGCAUCAGGUAGUGCAUAUAGAGCUGAAGAUAAUAGUGAGGAAAAUAUCUCUGAUUAUGAUGAGGAGGAGUUGGAACCACAACGCCAGAUCGUAGAGGUAGACAAUAUGAGUUCAGAAGAUGAAGAAUUAGAGCAAAUAAACCAGGAAAAUCAAAGCGAUAAUAUGGAAGUUAGUCAAUCAGGUAGUGCAUCUGGAGCUGAAGGUAAUAGUGACGAAAAUAUCUCUGAUUACGAUGAAGAGGAGUUGGAACCACAACGCCAGAUCGUAGAGGUAGACAAUAUGAGUUCAGAAGAUGAAGAAUUAGAGCAAAUAAACCAGGAAAAUCAAAGCGAUAAUAUGGAGGUUAGUCAAUCAGGUAGUGCAUCUGGAGCUGAAGGUAAUAGUGACGAAAAUAUCUCUGAUUACGAUGAAGAGGAGUUGGAACCACAACGUCAGAUCGUAGAGGUAGACAAUAUGAGUUCAGAAGAUGAAGAAUUAGAGCAAAUAAACCAGGAAAAUCAAAGCGAUAAUAUGGAGGUUAGUCAAUCAGGUAGUGCAUCUGGAGCUGAAGGUAAUAGUGACGAAAAUAUCUCUGAUUACGAUGAAGAGGAGUUGGAACCACAACACCAGAUCGUAGAGGUAGACAAUAUGAGUUCAGAAGAUGAAGAAUUAGAGCAAAUAAACCAGGAAAAUCAAAGCGAUAAUAUGGAGGUUAGUCAAUCAGGUAGUGCAUCUGGAGCUGAAGGUAAUAGUGACGAAAAUAUCUCUGAUUAUGAUGAAGAGGAGUUGGAACCACAACGCCAGAUCGUAGAGGUAGACAAUAUGAGUUCAGAAGAUGAAGAAUUAGAGCAAAUAAACCAGGAAAAAUCAAAGCGAUAA